AUGGCAUCGAUGCCGAAUCCAAAUCAAGCCAUGCCUAUGAGUCAACAAAUGCCAACACCUGGAAUGGGCCCACCAAGUGGACCAAGUACAGGACCUCCCAGUCAACAAGUAGUAAUCCAACAGAGUCCGUCAGCAACGCCUGCAACUCCUGUCCAGGUCACACAGAGUGGAAGUCAAGUCCAGGUAAAUAUCAAACCAGAAACAUCCGGACGAACUUUGAUAAGCGUGUAUCAUCGAUUUGGUGAAUCUCCAAAUGGUGAUGAAGCGUUUAAUUGUGAUACGAAAGAUUCUGUGCCUCCUGAACCAACACCAACGCAGCAACAGCAACAAUAUCAGGUUGGGUAA